CAAGGAUAAUUGUGCUUAGAAAUAACAUGUAUGAUAAAUAUCAAGUGUCCUCUGCCUUCAUCGUAUUGUCAUUAGUGUACUUUAGUGUAUAUAAGAGAAUACUUUUAAUGUAUAUAAUCACAUUUUUCUGUAAACAAUCCCCAAAUCAAGUUAUGAUUUAUGAAUACAAUUUUACAAAUUUAUACGUCGUGUGUUAAACAAAAGUUUAUAUAUCAUAACUAAAUAUCAAUUAUUAACAAAUAAGAAAACAUAAUUACAUAAAAAUGAAUACGUGUGUCAAAAAAUAUAAGUUCGAAGCUAUAUUGGGCAGGGGAAUGUUUGGAACUGUUCAUCUAGUUAGAAGAACAGAGGACUUGAAACCAUUUGUUAUAAAGGAACAGAAUCUAAGUAUAAAAAAUAAUAUAUCAUCUAAAAUAGCCUUGAGAGAAGUACAAUAUUUGCAAAAAAUGAGACAUCCAAACAUUGUUGCUUAUCAUGCAGCUUGGAUUGAAAAUAAUAAAAGUUACAUUCUUAUGGAAUAUGCAACUCAUAGUACAUUGAAAGAAUUAUUGGAAAAACGCGACGUACCGCUUAUGGAAGAGAAUGCUUUGUAUUUGUUUUCACAAAUUACUCUUGGAGUUCAUCAUAUACAUACCAAGAAAAUUCUUCAUAGAGAUUUGAAACCUGAGAAUAUUUUGUUGACUGGACGUAAAGGAGACAUUGUUAAAAUUAGUGACUUUGGUGUUUCUAAAGAUAUACAUGAGGAAUCCAUGUGUUGCGCUGGAUCUUAUUGCUACAUGGCUCCAGAAAUGCUUUCGAAUCAACCGUACGACUUAAAAUCAGAUGUAUGGAGUAUGGGUGUUAUUCUUUACGAAUUGGUGACAAAGCAGCUACCAUUUUCUGCAUCUGAUCUAGCUGAGAUCACAAGAAUGGUGUGCUAUGAAAAACCAAAACCGUUUGAUAAGAAUAUUUCAAUCUCGACAAUACGAUUGAUAUCAAAAAUGUUAAGGAAACAAGUGACCUAUCGUCCGAGAACCGAUCAAUUGUUACUUUGUCCUUACUUAGUUCCAUUCGUCGCUCGAGUUCACUUAAAUCUCGGCAGAAUUCAAAAGUUUUCUUUUCAGAAUAAAGAAAAUUUUAAUCUUCGAUUUUUUCAAUGUUUUAUAAAAUCUUUGAACUGUGCAAUACCAGAGUUAUUUAUGGUCACAGAUGUUUUCAACAUGCAAUUCGCCGUGUUACUUUUAUAUUAUUUAUGUCGAUGUUCGUGGGUAAUGAGUUUUUCACUUAAUUCAUAUACGAGAAAUAUUACAACGGAAAUAUCGACGUACGAAACUCUGGAAUCUGAGGAUUUGAACAAAGAAGCUCAGCAUUUUUUAAAUCCCAUUUAUCGUGAUAUCGAUCCUUCGAAUGACGUCGAACGUAUCGAUCUUCAGCAAUGGCCAGGAAGAUCUACUGUUCUUUUACCUCGCAAUGAUAUUCCUUCCACUACGAACGUUAUAGUACCGAAUAAAUUUCUCAACGUUAGUGUAUCGUUGCAACGAAAUUUUACGAGAUAUCCAAGAUUUAGCAUACCACUUUCAAUUGCGAUGAUAGACGAAGUCUUCUGUGAUUUUGGUCCACUUCCAUCAUUGUCUCUUUGCGAAUGGCAAAAUGGUAGCGAUUCAUUAGACUGGAUGGCAGGAUCUGGCUUAGGAACUAAUUGGUUUGGUGGGCCAUCAUCAGAUUCUACAACCAAUACAAUGGAAGGAGGGUAUGCUUUCGUGGAGACAUCACAAACACCAUCGAAAGGAGUAACAAGCAAAAAUUCUGGAGCUCGAUUGCAUAGUCCUCAAUUGGGAAGUACUGGUGUUUCAGGAACUUGUGUUAUGUUUAAAUACUCUAUGGACGGUCUUAGUGUCGCAGGAUUGAGAGUACUCUUGCAUUUGGGAUUUGAUGAAUACUCAAUCAAAAAGGAACCAGACGAUGUAAUUUCUUUUCAAAAUUUUACCAUACCAUUUUGUAAAUCAGCUAAAACUGAGAGUGAACGUGUUAUUUGGCAUGCUCAUUAUUAUGACCUUGAGAUGUGGCAGCAAGCUCAGAUACUUUACACUUAUCCAGACGUACACUCGUUAAUCAUCGAAGCAAUGCCCGUUGAUUCGACUGAUCCAUCCCGCCUCUUUCGAGGAUAUAUAGCGAUCGAUGAUAUCGAUCUUCAACCUGGAACUUCCUGUGUUGGAUUUUGUAACUUUGCAGGUGGAUUUUGUGACUGGAACAACGAUGCCGAAGAUAAUUUUGAUUGGACCAUAAGUCGAGGUAGUAGAAACCCAGCGACUGGUCCAACUAUGGAUAGCUCUAGUGAUCGAACUACAGCAGGUGGUUACGCUUAUAUCGAUUCUAGAUUUCCACGUAGACCUGGUGAUACAGCAAGAUUAAUCAGUAGCAGUUUCCCAGCUACCAAUUCAGAUGCACCGAUCUGUAUACAUUUCUGGUUUCAUAUGUUCGGUACAGGAAUUGGCAAUUUAAAACUUUACUUACGUCAUUUUCGCGAUCUCGAUGCAGUGUUACAAGAAAUUUGGGGAUUGAGUGGGAACGCUGGUAAUGCUUGGUAUAUGUCACAAAUAACUAUUGGCUCUUUGGAUGACUAUCAAUUAAUUUUUGAAGCAUCGGUAGGAAAUACCGGUAUGGGAGAUAUCGCUAUAGAUGACAUUACGUUUACUUAUGGUGCUUGUCCUGUGUAUCCACAAGUAGCAGCAACAAUAUCAAGAGAUUGUACUUUUGAAGUAGACGAAUGCGACUGGAUCAAUACCAGAGAUCCGGAUCGUGUCGAAUGGGAAAGAGUUUCCAAUCAAGUAUUAAGUUCUAGAAAUCAACGAAAACCAUAUAGCAAUGGAAAUACUGGCACUAGACACAAUGAAUAUUUCUUAACACUUGGCAAAUCUCGUAGUGGAUCCUUUGGUGGUGGUAUUGCUCAACUCGUUAGUCGUGAAAUGAGUGGUUCUGAUAAUCCAUUGUGUAUUACAUUUUGGUAUAUCAUGUUCGAGUCUUUCAUAGAUUCUACUGGACCAAGUUUAGGUGUUCUUCGUAUAUACAUACAACCUAAUGACGAAUCGUCAGCAGAACCCAGACCUAUUUGGCAAUUAUACAAUGAUCAAGGUCCUACCUGGAAUUACGCGCAAACGAAUAUUAAUGAAAAAAAAAAUUUCAAUAUCUAUUUUGAAGGUAUAUGGGGUCCAAAUAGAGCAAAUGGUAUUAUUGGGAUUGAUGAUAUAUCCUUUUACAUUGGAAAUUGUAUAGUAAGGCCACCUGCUGCUUCUGUUAGAAGUGAGGAUUGUAGUUUCGAGAAAGGAAUAUGUGGAUGGGAAAACAUUACUCUUUCAACUAAUGAUCGUAGUGUCACUUGGCAACGAGCGUUUCUUACUCACCGGCCAGCUCAGCUCUUAGACAAAACAUUUGGGACAACAGGCGAUUAUAUAUUUUUUGAUAUAUACACGGCUGAUCAAAAAUCCACCGAGGUACAAUUACGUUCUUCAAUUAUCAAUACACCAACUGAUGAGGAGUCCACUUGUUUCACAUUUUGGUUUGCUGCUUUUGGUGUUGAAGAAUCUACAAUGUUACAAAUUAUUAGAACGUCUGAUAUUGAAGAUGCAAAUAAUGGUAAUAAUGAAAAUGGUAACGAUGAAAUAUUGUUAUGGUCAUUAACAGCAAAGGGAUUUAAUAAUCCAAGACCAGUAUGGAUGGCAGCGCAAGUAACAAUUGAUGGACGUUCACCGUAUCGUCUUAUUUUGAAAGGCAGUGCUAGUAACGGUGGCUUUGCUAUCGAUGACAUUAAAUUUCAACCUCGUGUUUGUCCAACUCGACCACCAGAAGCUCAUCCUCAAGUAUACCCAAAUAGGAUGUAGUAAAUUAAUAUAUUGCUAAAAUAAAAAUUAUAAUAAAAAAUCUUAUAGUAAAAUAAUACAACAAUGAGAAAUUGAAUUUUUAUAAAUAAAAUAAAUAAUAAUUUUACAU